GCUGGAUGCAGGGAGCAAUGCAUUGUUGUCCUCGUCAUGUCAACCAAGGCACACUGGGCUACCUCCUCUCACAUGAACUGCACGUCAGCUUCACUGUUCCUUGAUGUGCCAGUUGCAAUAGAGAAGUGCUCUGUGCAGCAGCAACAGAAGCAGCGCCUACAGCCCUGAAGCCAAGCCUUGGCGACCCUAAUCCAUGACCCCUGGACAUGUGGACCUCUGUGUCCUGACAUGCCUGUGAAAGGUGCCCUAUCCCAGGCAGUGUACAGGCAGCCAUGGAGCAGCAAGCCCGGAUACUGAGGAGCCUUCUGGCCCAGCUGGAGAUACAGGAGGCUGUGGACGAUCAGGCAGCGCAUGGAAUUACUGGGGAGUUUGUGAGGUUGAAAUGCCAGUCAGUCAAGUACCGCACUGACAAGACCUUCCCCACCAAGACAGCAGAAAAGCAGGAGAACAUCAAGAAGAACCGCUACAAAGACAUUGUUCCCUUUGACCACACCAGAGUAAAGCUCACUCUCACCACAACUAAAAAUGACACGGACUACAUCAAUGCCAGUUUCAUCAAGGGAGCGUCAGGUUCCAGGGCCUACAUUGCUACUCAGGGUCCUCUGCCUCACACAGUACUGGACUUCUUGAGGAUGCUUUGGGAGUACAACAUAAAGGUUGUAGUGAUGGCCUGUCGAGAAUUUGAGAUGGGAAAGAAAAAAUGUGAGCGCUACUGGCCACAGAAACAAGAGCAGCCGUUUGUUUGUGAGCUUUUCACAGUUCACUGUGAUUCUGAGGAAAAUAAAGGAGAUUAUCUUACAAGGACUUUAAGGGUGACUUAUCGCAACUGUAGCCGAACUUUGAAACAGCUGCACUAUUUAAACUGGCCAGAUCACGGUGUACCAGACUCCAUCCCUCCCAUCCUGGACAUGUUGCAUGAGAUGCGUUCCUAUCAACCCCAUGAUGACGUCCCCUUUUGCAUCCACUGCAGUGCUGGCUGUGGUAGAACCGGAGUCCUGUGUGUCAUUGACUAUACCUGGAACCUCCUGAAGAAACAGAUGAUCACUCCAGAUUUCAGUAUCUAUGACUUAGUUCAAAACAUGAGAACCCAGAGGCCCUCGUUGGUUCAAACCAAGGAACAAUAUGAGCUGGUGUACAGAACCAUCAAGUCGCUGUUUGAGCGAUAUCUGCAGUCCGUGGAUGCCCAGACCUGCAGGAAUGAGGUGGCAGCGGUCGCGUCCCCUAUCACGCCUGACACUGAAAGCGAGCUCUCUGACCUGAGCGAGGAGUUGGAUUUGCUUGAUGAAGAAAGGGAUGUUUCGCCUCAGUACCACACUCCGUUGCCUUCCGCUUUAGAAAAUCUAAUAGACUUCAGAGCCGAGGACAUGCACGGGGACCAGGAGCAAUGGUAUCUACUCCAGACCCUUCCUGAGGCUCUGGCCACCGCCCAGAACCUGCAGGAAGGACCCAGGAUUUCACCCAAACCCAUACCCACCCAUACCAGCCACAGAACUUCUCUAGUAGAGGAGAAGAUACAGGACCCCGAUGACAUAGUGUCACGAAACACUCCACCUUCUCCGGCUGUGGCAGCAGCCAUUUGUCUGAUGGUAGAGGACCCCUACUUUGACACUCCAAUGAGCUCCCCUCCAUCAGAGGAGGCACCAAUGGACUCUACUGAAGACGCCAAACAAUGGACGGAUAGCCCCAUCUUUAGCACGCCCUCAUUGUUUCUGAACAACAAGACUCUGGAGCUUAACUCUCCCGCCUCAGGUACUGAAGUCCAUAUGGAUGAGGAGGUACCUCCUCCCUUACCUCAACGAACCCCUGAAUCCUUUAUAAUGGCUGAGGAUGCAGAGCCCUCAGAUCCUUAUGAGAGGUUACUGGUUAUCAUUCCACCCAACGCUGCUGCAGAGGCUGUCCGGGAGUUGGGAGGCAAUCCCCCCUCACCUGUUCCCCCACUUCCCGAGAGAACCCCAGAAUCAUUUGAGUUAGCACUGGAUCAAGCUCCCGUUGAACAGAAGUCAGAGGUCACGCUGGCAGUGAACCGGAACAGAAUAGGAAUAUCUUCAGAAUGGUCCGGGGAUUUAAAGCCAAGCGAGACCAAACCUUGGUCGAGGAGUAAGAGUCUGAAAACAAAAAUGAGCUUCACAGUACCAGAACCACAUCCUGAUUUUGCAUCAUAUACAACUCCAAACCUCCCCCCUUACUGUCCGCCUCUGGACCCACUGACUCCUCCGCUGCUUCCUCAGACUGAGGAGAGCCUGACUCCUCCGCUUCCUGACAGAACCCCCGAGUCCUUCAUCCUCAUCACAGAACAAAUUCAGGAGCAAGGCGCCCUCUGCCCGCAGCCAUUAGAAACAACACAGCGCUUACCGAGGGUAGGCUUCUCAUCUGAGUGGGACGGCACCGCUCAGCCAAAGAAUUUUCUCGAUGUUGUAAUGAGCAGGAGCAAGAGCGUUCGAGCUAAAAGUUCCAGACAAGAGCCCCUUACUGCAGUUCGGCAGCUCACUCAACUUCCUGUGGUCGCAGCUGGAGGAGGAAGUGAACAAGUGGGGCAGCACGAGGCGAACCACAGGCUCUCCCUGAACAACGAGACAUCAGGAAACAAAUCAGACAAAAGCCACGAGAAGGGCGUGUCGCGAACCAGGAGUCUGAAGUUCUUCAGACACAAACUAAAACCCAAAACCGCCCCUCCGCUGCCUCCCACUCAACCUGAAACACCGCCUACGUCCAAUGGUGCCUCGUCAUCAGUGUUCAAAUUCGGAUUUGGGAACCGUUUUGGAAAGCCAAAAGGGCCCAGGAGUUACCCAGAGACCUGGGUUUAACAUUAAGAAGGUCACCGCUCUCUACAUAUCAAAAAACAGAACAGUGAUCAACA